CUAUCUGUCAAAGUAAAUAUCAAUGUUGUUUCCAAGGGUCGUUUUGCAAUGCGUUAAUUAAUAAAAUAUUGUAGACUUGAUUUGCGCCCUCCUGUAGUGAAGUUACAGCAGCGGCAUAGCCGCAAAAUUUAACAGAGAAGUUUGAAACAAAAACCGUAAAAAUGGAUGACAACAGCGUGGAGCAGACCCCAGCGUCUCAAAGGCUUACAAAUGAAGACUUUAGGAAGCUGCUGAUGACUCCUAGGGCUACGCCCGGGGGCUCCGGGGGCUCCCACCCCACGGGCUCGGUGCGAGAAGCCAUGGCCAAUGCUGGGUCUAUGCAGCCUCCCGCUGAGAACAAAGGUGAGCUUCGACGAAAGAAGAAGUCUUACUAUGCUGCACUGAAAAAGCAGGAAGAUAACAAGCUAGCUGAAUUAGCUGAGAAGUACAGAGACCGGGCGCGGGAGAGGAGGGACGGCGUCAAUGAGUUGGGGCCUAUGGAUCCAACCAGCAACACUAGCAGUGCUUACAGAGCUGUAGCACCGGAUUUGAAAUCGGGAAUGGAUGCCAAAGAGCGAAGAAGACAACUUAUUCAGGAAUCCAAGUAUCUUGGAGGUGACAUGGAACAUACCCAUUUGGUGAAAGGUCUUGAUUAUGCUUUGCUGCAAAAGGUGAGAUCUGAAAUACAAACUAGGGAACAGGAGCAGGAAGCUGAAAUGGAACGUCUUGUCACGGCUCCCGUGGAACCCGUUAAAGAGAAGAAAGAAGUGCCUGUGGAAGAAGAGAUGCAGUUUGAAACGACAAUGGCGAAAAAUAUCUACAACAUGAUACAAGAACAGAAGAACAAAAAAAUCAUCCGCAACGAGAUGUUCGGUCCCGGCCGCAUGGCGUACGUAGUAGAACUAGACGAGGAAGCUGGCGCCGACAGCGACAUACCCACAACCCUCACCAGGAGCAAGCACGACGUGCCUGAUGCCGCAGCCCCGGCCGCCAGUGCUGCCGGCGACCUGGUGCUGGACAAACUGGCGCAGAUCUUCUCUUACCUGCGACACGGCAGACAUAGGAAGCUCAAGAAGACCAAGGAUAAGGCAUCAGAGAAGGGUCGAGCCGACGACUCGAUCUACGGCGAGAUAGGCGAGUACACCGCGGGCGAGCGGCACGAGCGACGCGAGGACAGGCCCAGGGCGGGCGGGUACUUUGAUAAACCCGCUGAUGCUGAUAAGGAUGACGAAUACCUACCAGCAACAGAACCAGUGGGCCGCAUCCGAGAAGAGAAGUCAGUCCGGUCAGCCGCCCUGCUGUCCCGCCUGGCGGCCGAGCCCGAGGGCUACGCCGAGUGCUACCCCGGCCUGCGAGAGAUGGACGACGCGAUCGACGACUCGGAUGAUUCCGUCGAUUAUACCAAGAUGGAUGCAGGCAAUAAGAAGGGACCUAUAGGUCGCUGGGACUUCGACACCCAGGAAGAGUACUCAGCCUACAUGAGCAGCAAGGAGGCGCUGCCCAAGGCCGCCUUCCAGUACGGCGUCAAGACGCAGGACGGACGCAAGACCAGGAAGACCAAGGACAAGAGCGAGAAGGCUGAACUUGAUAGAGAGUGGCAACAGAUCCAAAAUAUAAUUCAGAAACGUAAAGCGCCGCAGCCAACGGAAGAGCCUUCGUAUAAAUCCGCUAAAUACUAGCAUCCGACCGACCCGUAGGCGUAGUUCUCCUACGCCUAGAGGACUUUCCUACGGUCGUAGGAGAUAUCGGAUAUUUAGAUCGAGUGUUUUAAGGAUAGUGUGUGAUAUAUACGCUAAAUACAUAAUGUAUAAAUUGGUAGUUUAUUAGAUAUUUUGUUUGAAUGAUAACGUGACAUUUAAUAGAGAUACCUUCGCCUAAAUCCACCAAAUACUGCCCCGUACCCGUAGGCGUACUUCUCCUACGUGCCCGUCGUAGUAGUAAGCUGUGUCAUGAUGACCUCGAUGGCGCAAUGGUCACCACGCCGGACUGCCGAACCUUGAGUUAACGCGUUCGAUCCCCGGUUCGGUCGACAUUUGUGUGAUGAGCAUGCUUGUUGGCCGUGGUCUGGGUGUUACAAUAUGUAUUUAUAAAUAUGUAUAUAUGUAGCUAUAUGUAGUUUAUCAGUUGGGUUAGCACCCAUAACACAAGUUAAAUAAUAACUUACCAUGGGGCUAACCGACCGUGUGUGAAAAGGUGUCCCGACAUUAUAUAUUAUAUAUAUUAUCAGAUAUGUAGGUCGGGUAAUCAGCAGUGUGUGUGAAAUACCUUUCCUACAGUGGUAGGAAGAUUCCAGAGCUAGGAGUGAUAUUGACCACGAUUUUUUAAUAGGGUAUUACGCACUAUGUACGCUAAGCUCACAUUUUAUAAUGUAAAGAAAUUGUUAUAUAUUUUGUAGCCCAGAUGCAUUCUCCAAGUCAUCUAAAAGCAGUCCAGAGAUUGGAUACCAUUGUUCAGUCAGUUUGCUUUGGCAACUUUUUCAAAUUUCUUUAUGGCAUACAUAGGUAAUAAGUACAUAGUACAUGAUGAUGAUGAUGAUACAUAGUAAAAGUGCGCUAUAUAUCGCUUAAAAUAGACAUCGGUAAAAAUAGACAUUUGAAAUAACAAAAAUUCCCGGAAAGCCAAAUUUUGGUGGAGAGCUUGGGUUUACCAUUAAAAAUGAUAAUAAUGUUAAAAGUCUCAAUCGAUCCUAUGUGUGCGUCAAAAGUUAUUACGUUUUAUCAAAGAAAUCAUUUUAGGAAAGUUUAAAAUUCACAUAGGUACAUAAUUCAGAUUUUAUAUACUUCUCUUUCCACCUUAUUUUAGGUAAAAUGUUCUUAAAAAAGUGUGUUUUAAAUCACAUUACUGGGUCUGUAACUUGUAUUAUGUGGUAACUAAUUAUACUUUGCAACUUAUUAUGAAUUUUAUCAAAACAUGUAACAAGUGUUCUUUCUAUUCAGGAAUUCCAACAGUAGUUGAAUCCUUAAAUUUUUUAGUAUUUGCGCUUGCGCAGAUAAUUAUGUACAGGAUUGUACGUAAGUAAAAAUAAAUAAUGAGUGAAGUGGAUAGUAUGCCUGACAAUAGUGUAAUCUAUAAUUUGUAUAGUUAUAGAUUUUGUGGUAAGACAUGAAGUUAAUAUUGUACAUAGACUAUUAAACAAUAUAAAGUGUUGAAAGCAAA